AUGCCCGGGACAUCGGGUAAAACGUCCCUUCCUCAACCUCCACCGACGAAAACCAUCGUGGUGUACCGGAAUGGGGAUGCUUUCUUUCCUGGACGGAAGAUCGUGGUCAACCAGCGUCAUAUGUUAACCUUCGACAGCUUCCUUAGUUCCGUCACGCAUGGGCUCGAAGCCCCUUUUGGGGCUGUGAGGAACGUUUACACCCCUCGAGAAGGACACAGAAUUCUAGAUUUGGAGAACCUGCAACACGGAGAAAAAUACGUUGCAGCUGGAGUUGAACGUUUCAAAAAAAUCGAUUAUUCCCAUAUUGCAACGAAGAAACCACAGCGAAAGAAGAGCGAGCCGAUACGGCCUGUAGUUCACAGCAGAAUAAUUGUUUCUGCACGCUGGAGAAAAAUUAUUCAUGAGUCAUGCACUAUCAAUGUCUUUACGAACGGCGACGUCCUGGUUCCCCCAGCACGGAUACUGAUACCAAAGUAUACCCUGAGGAACUGGGAGAGAGUUCUGGCCAUGAUCACUGAGAAGGUUCACCUCCGUACUGGAGCUGUGCACAGGCUCUGCACAUUAGACGGGACCCCCUUACUGGGUGUGGCUGAGCUGGAGAACUGCCAGUAUUAUGUUGCCGUGGGAACCGAGAGGUUCCGGUUUCUUCCGUAUGACCACUGGAUCCCAGGAAGAGGGGCUGUCCGGGACAACAGCCAGGGGACCCACAAUGAUUUUCUGCCACCAUUAAGAAAAAACAAGCACACAAAAGACAUGUUUCCAGAUUUCAGAGUGCAGUCACUGGGAGAUGAGUCAGAGCUCCCUGCCAGAGGAAACCUGAAAAACCACAUGGACUCCUGCUUCUACGCCAGGCCCGAAAGAGGAAGACCACCCAAGCAGGUCCCCACAACCCCACGCCUCCUCUCAGGGGAGGGCAGUGUGUUCAAAGCCAGAGACAGGCGGAAGGAGGCUGCAGGAGCCACCGAGGUGCAGGAAGACCAAGGAAUGAAGGUGGACUUGCCCAUCGAUCAGGUUGAGGCCAAAGUCGUGGAGGAGGAGCAGUGUGACCACGGUGACCCUUUUCCACAGAGCAGGGGACAGAGCCCGAAACGCUCUGGGACGUCCGGCUCACAGAGACCCACCUCAGUGGGCUCUGAGAAGGUCAGUAAAUCUGGAUGGGAGUGA